UUAGAGGAGAAAAACAAGAAAGAAAAUAUUCUGAACCAAUGGACUGCAGACACAGUACAGGGGAUGACCAGAGACUGCGGAUAUAGUACAGGAGAUGACCAGAGACUGCGGACACAGUACAGGAGAUGACCAGAGACUGCAGACAUAGUACAGGGGAUGACCAGAGACUGUGGACAGUACAGGAGAUGACCAGAAACUGCGGACACAGUACAGGAGAUGACCAGAGACUGCGGACACAGUACAGGAGAUGGCCAGAGACUGUGGACACAGUACAGGGGAUGACCAGAGACUGCGGACACAAUACAGGAGAUGACCAGAGACUGCGGACACAGUACAGGGGAUGGCCAGAGACUGCGGACACAGUACAGGAGAUGACCAGAGACUGCGGACACAGUACAGGAGAUGACCAGAGACUGCGGACACAGUACAGGAGAUGACCAGAGACUGCGGACACAGUACAGGAGAUGACCAGAGACUGCGGACACAGAACAGGAGAUGACCAGAGACUGCAGAUAUAGUACAGGAGAUGACCAGAGACUGCGGACACAGUACAGG